AUGUUCAGCGAAUUAAUUAACUUCCAAAAUGAAGGUCAUGAAUGCCAAUGCAAAUGUGGCAGCUGCAAAAAUAAUGAACAAUGCCAAAAAUCGUGCAGCUGCCCAACGGGCUGCGACAGCGACGACAAGUGCCCUUGCGGCAACAAGUCUGAAAAAACUAAGAAGCCAUGCUGCUCUGAAUAA